AUGACUAAUUAUUUAUUGUAACAGAUUACGGAUAGACAAAAUAAAGAUUAGCGUAUUAAUGUAUCUAAAUCGGAGAGACACCCUAUGUUUAAAAUAAUGGAUCAGGAAUUUGCACUGCCCUCUAUGAAAAAUGAAUAAAAAUAUAAUGAGUUUAUGGGCCAUAUUAGGCAGCUUUUGGAUAGAAACAAAGUUAAAUCUUAAAAAGAUAUAAAUCCAUUAAGAAUUCCGAAUAAUUUUAUCUUGAAUAAGGGUACUAAGCAAGGUUCUAGGAGGAGGUUACUUGAAACCAGAGUCAAUGAUGAGUAAUAAUAAUAAAAAUAAGUGCAACAUUAAUAGAUUUUGAGUGAUCCCACAGAUUCAUAGACGCAAAGAGUAUUAUAAUAUCAAUAACGGAUUGGGUUGGUAAGGAAGCACGACAAGACUGAGAUAUAAUUAAGAUAGAUCGCCUAGAAACAUAACAUAAAAUGGUGA